CUAGGAAGAAAUCCAAAUCUGAGACGGAAAGCACCAAACUUCGAGGGCACGUUCCACUUUCCUCUCCCCCAUCUGAUACGCCCAUCGAUGCUCCAAAGGAACGGAUGUUGCAGGAUGCCGAUAUAAAUAAAGGUAGGGCACAUUCAUUCGGGAAUCCAAUAGGGGCGAACAAAGUAAUUACAAGUGUCCUCACAAGUGAGCAGCUCGAAAAGUAUAGACAAACAUGUUUUGGACACUUACUUGACAUGAAGAACCUCCGGUUCUCUGGUCAGUUAGUGCAUCACCUGCUUUGCGGACAAGUUGAGUCCAACAAUCCAGAAGUACUGGAGUUUAACUUCGGCGGAUCUGCAGUGCGGUUUACGAAGUGGGAAUUCGCACUCAUUAGUGGGUUAAAGUUUUGUAGGUACCCUUCGAUGUAUGAUUUGCAAAUUUCCAAAGGAAAUGAGCUGCGCACGAGGUUGCUAGAUGACAGGAGUGACUUGAAACCGCCCGAACUGGAAUGACUAUUCAAGGAUACACUUUUUGUGGAUGAUUGGGAUGGUGUUAGAAUUGCGUUACUAUAUUUCUUAGUUCAUGGUGUACUCGGAAUG